AUGGCUCCUGCAUUCAACGCCGAAACUACGGCCAGCGAGCUUGCUUCGUACUACUCGUCGUUCAUCGCCGGGAGCACAAUCCUCAUUACGGGCGCCUCUCCAGGCAGCCUUGGAGAGGGCUUCGUCAAGCACGUCGCCGACGCAGAGCCUGCCACGCUGAUCCUAGCCGGCCGUUCCGUCUCCAAGAUGCAAGGCCUCAUCGACGAGCUAAAGACGACGCACCCGUCUAUCCAGGUUAAGCCUCUAUCGCUGAACCUGUUGUCACUUUCCGACGUCCGCACUGCCGCCGAGACGGUUAAUUCAUGGGCCGACGUGCCCCAGAUAGACGUCUUGGUCAAUAACGCCGGCAUCAUGGCGGUGCCAUUCAGCUUGACCGAGGACGGCUACGAAAGCCAGUUCCAGACCAACCACCUGAGCCACUUUCUCUUGACGAACCUGAUUAUGGAUAAGAUUUUGGCCUCUAAGGCGCCCCGUGUCGUCUUUGUCUCAAGCCACGUCCAUCGUGUCGGCCACAUCCGCUGGACGGACUACAACUUCAACGAUGGCAAACAUUACCAGCGGUGGCUGUCAUACGGCCAAUCUAAGACGGCUAAUGCCCUUACGGCGCUCGCCCUCGCCGAGAAGCUAGGCUCCAGAGGCCUGCUCAGCUUCGGCAUGUGUCCUGGCACGAGCCUGACCAACCUUUCAGCUCAUGGAAGCGGCGAUUAUGCCGCCUUUUCUGCUGAUCUCACCCAGAUGGAUAACAUUUACGGCGGAAAGUCACUGUGGGGCAUGGCCGACAUGAAGUUCAAGACCCCUGACCAGGGCGCAGCGACGCAUGUUUUUGCUGCGUUUGAUAAGAGCAUCGCCGAGCACAAUGGUGCUUUCUUGAGCGACUGCCAUGUGGCCGACCCUAACUUGGAGGAGGUAUAUCCGUGGGCGACAAAUAAGGCCGAUGCAGAAAGGCUGUGGAAACUUAGCGAGAAGCUAGUUGGCCAAGAGUUCAAGUAUGGAGCGAGUUUGCUCUAA